CACUGGUAUACUCGCAUACCGAGCACGGCCCCAUCUGCCUUAACUUCGGUAUCAGCUUCUCAACAACUACACCGAUACCCGUAGAACACACCGAACAAAGUCGCAAUGGCUUCUAAAUCUCGGCUUCAAUCCAGACCCGCGCAGAUCGUUGUGAUGAAGGAACGAAGACUUAUGCGCCUCCUAAUCACCGACACUAUUACCGAGAUCGAGGCGUACAUCAGGAACCAGCAACAAAAGAGUCUGAGGUUAAAGGUGAAUUCAGUAGGACUACGAGCCGAACGCUCAACAACUUCGAGGUCAUCAUCGACUCCUAUACGACUCAUCAAGCCUGGGGUAGAGGAUGUACUCCUCGGUGCCCCUUCCAGAAUAACGGCUGUCCGCCAUGAGUCGGAGUUCGCAAAUGCUCCAAUACUCGGUCCAGAACUCGCUUUGGAGAUUGAUUGGAAGUCCAACGGCCGAGCUUUCCGAUUUCUUGAUCUUCCUGAGGAACUUCGGUACCUCGUAUACAAUCAGGCCAUCGGCCCCUACAUAUGUUCAUCGCUGAGCAGGGGCGACUCCAGCGGAAACCAGUAUCUCAGACUGUCCCGCCCCAAGCGCCGCUUCACAGACAUGCAUCGCUUUGGGAAACAAAUUUGCUGUGAAGUUAAAAAGGCCACAUGGGAGCGAACAACAGCGUUGCUUAACGGGUAUAAAUCCCCCUCUAUUUGCCCUACUUGGCCCCAUGUUUUCGUCCCGUAUCAUGCGAUGCGUCGUAUCGAGCUCAACCUCUCUAUGUCGGAUUACUUCCAGUUUCUGGGACUGAAAUCGGAGUUUCAUCACGGGUUCGUCGAGUUGGACGACGAGACUACUCCUGCAAUUGCUCAACUGCGCGAGAUACCAACCUUGUUCCAUCUGCAUCUUUACUUCACUACUCGUCCGCCUACACGGGCUGGUCCUGGCAAUACUUGGAGUUCGUUGGACCCUUGGGUUCUUAUCGCAGGAAAUAGGGGUACGAAAGUUGUCUCGUGCCAGAAAGUCUUCGUCCACUGGUUCUUCACACUGGCGUGGGCAGACAUCAGACAUAUACCCCGAGUCACCUUUUCUGGUCAUGUCAAAAGACGGAUUGAAUGAUGUCAGAGUAUUCCUUUGGUCUUAGUACUUCAAGGAAACGACAAAUCUCCAACGAUGAAACGAUCAGACGGAUAUAGUCUACGCCGUGGCAAAGACUGCCUCCGAUAUGUAGGUGUGAGAUGCCUUGCGAUUGGUGGAACGUUCGUUGGCCGUAUCUCGAGGGUCAAGAUCCGAAUUUCCAGCCUGGUGCUAAGGAUAUAUAUCAUACCGCCUUCGAUCCCGGUGAAUUCGAUCGAUUCGAUUGCAUGGAUUGGGAUCAUCCAGGACAAUGGUCUCGCCUAUCACAUAUAUAGCAGCAGAGGAAAGCAUGUUGCGAGG